AUGGGGGACCGCACACAACGCCAGCCCUCGUGGCUGCGAGAUGCAACCAAAAAUGUUCCGUGGCUUCUGGUAGGCAUUUCCCACAAUGAGGAUAAUGCGAAUCUCAUCGCAUCACGUCUCAUUCCAGUUCCUGAGAUAGUCGCUGACAUGCCCUUUCAUCAUACAGCUUGCCGCGCAGUCGACGGGCUCGCCCAUUAUUCCCGAGUCAUGCCCCCCGCCGGUGGAAAGCGCUACUUGACUUCCACGGCCGUCUUCCUGAACGAGAUGGUGAAGCUGGCCAUCUCCCUCACAAUGGCCCUCUAUGCUGUCUCCGAGGCUGCACCCCCGUCCAUGCCCGCUACGUCCCUGUUCUUCUCCCUCACCAGCGCCGUCUUCUCGGGUGAUAGCUGGAAACUCGCGAUUCCUGCCGGCUUGGGCGUCUUGUCCAGCUCCCUACAAUACAUCGCCCUGUCCAAUAUGCGGGCUGCAACUUUCCAGGUCGCGUCCCAAUUGCAAGUCCUCACCACAGCGGUAUUCGGCCUGAUGGUCCUGCGUCGGAGUAUUGCACCUCGCAAAUGGGGCUUGCUCUUGCUGCUCGUGGUGGGGGUGGCCUUGGUUCAGAUCCCUGAUGCGAGCGCGGAGCAGAUGGUUCUGCAGGACGAGAGCGCGGCACACCACUUCCCUCGCUCCCUCGAGGAAUGGAAGGCGGCAAAGGGGAUUGCUGGAAACUUGCAUAAGCGUUCCGCGACAUACGAGGGCAUCGAAGAGGAUAUUCAGACCGCUGAUCCACGCUUCAACCCCGCUCUGGGCCUCAUCGCUAUAAUUGGCGCGUCGCUUGCGUCAGGCCUCGGCGGAAUUUACUUCGAGAAGGUCCUCAAGGACAGCACCAGCCACACCUCGAUGUGGGUGCGCAAUGUCCAAUUGUCGAUCUAUUCAGUUUUCCCCGCGCUGUUCAUUGGCGUCGUAUUCCGCGACGGCGAGAGCAUCUCCAACGAUGGCUUUUUCCAGGGCUACAACUGGGCUGUUUGGUCCACCAUCAUUCUCCAGGCCUUGGGUGGGAUCCUCGCCACAUUUUCCAUUAGCUUUUCGCAGAGAGAUCCCAAGCUGCUGGCCACGACAGUGAGCACAGUUUUGAGCAUCGUCGGAAGCAUCUGGAUGUUUGACCUUGAGCUCACUGCAAGCUUCUUCCUUGGUUCCGCCGCAGUCUUGGUCGCCACCCACUACUAUGGCAACCCGAGCUAUAGUCCCAAUGGUCUUCGUCGGCCGCCGAUCCGCGUUGACACAUACGAAAAGGAUAGUGGGGAGGACAACGGAGCGCCAGUCUCGAACUCCCCCAACGAGUUCUCCAUCAAAUUGCCCAGCACCCCAUUCCUGUCGGACGGUCUUUCAUCUUCCCGACCCACCUCUCCGAACCCAAGCCAUACUCGAGUGAGCUCCAGUCGGAAUGUGAGUGGAAGUGGCUACUUCGAGAAGCAGUAA